AAGUAAACACAACAGCUACAUUCUCAAAACUCAAAGCCAAAGCCUCUUCAUUUAAAAAAUAUAUAAAUUUCUGCAAAAAAAAAAAACUUACAAAAAGAUAGACCAAAAAGAAGAAGAGCCCGCAGAGAGAAAGACAGAGGUCUGUUUCGGGGGAGAGCUUUCUAUCACUGCUCCAACGGACUUCUUCUUUUGUGGUGCUCUUUACCCAGAUCCAGGCAAUCUAAGAGGACUAAGAUGAAUCCUUUGAUGUGCAUUUAAGAUUAUGAUGUUUUGGGGUUACUGUUCACACCUUAGUAUCAUCUUGUCAUGAUUUCGGAUAUCGUGAUCUUCGAGGCGAGUGUUGCUGUCAAAGUUCAACAACUACCCAUGAAAGUCUUAUGUUUGAAGGGUCUGGAUCUCAAAUUUGGAUUUGAUAAGAGCUAUGUGAACGGAGAGAUAUAUAAAUCAAAACUUUGACAUUAAAAUUUGACAAACUGGGUUUUUUGGGGAGAUUUCUAAGUUGUUACAACCUGCCAAAAGGCAAAAACCUAAAACCAUUUUUGAUCGGUUGGACUUGGACAUUUUUCAAAGUGUUAUGGCUGUUGCCAAGAGCAGCAGCUUCAAUGAAACAUCAAAGCAGCCAUGUAAUUGCUACAAAGUUGCAAGCUUGAGUGAAACGAUAUUGGAGACUGGCCAAACUGCAAAUUUGAAAGAUCGAUACAUUCUUGGAGAGCAAUUGGGUUGGGGUCAAUUUGGUGUUAUUAGGUUGUGCUCGGAUAAGUUGACGAGAGAAGUGUUGGCAUGCAAAUCGAUAUCUAAAGAUAGAUUGGUAACCUCUGAUGAUGCACGGAGUGUCAAGCUCGAAAUCGAAAUAAUGACUAGGUUAUCCGGGCAUCCAAAUGUUGUAGAUCUCAAGGCUGUUUAUGAAGACGAAGACUAUGUUCAUUUGGUUAUGGAGCUUUGUGCAGGAGGGGAGCUUUUCCACCGGUUAGAGAAGUAUGGUCGUUUUUAUGAGGCAGAUGCUAGAGUUCUCUUCAGGCAUUUAAUGCAAGUGGUCCUAUAUUGUCAUGAAAUCGGGAUUGUACAUCGAGAUUUAAAGCCAGAGAAUAUCCUCUUAGCUACAAAAGCCUCAUCAUCGCCAAUCAAACUAGCAGAUUUCGGUCUUGCAACAUAUAUCGAGCCUGGGAAGUGUUUGCACGGGACGGUUGGCAGUCCGUUUUACAUAGCACCCGAAGUUUUGGCUGGGGGAUAUAAUCAGGCUGCUGAUAUUUGGAGUGCUGGGGUGAUUCUAUACAUACUUCUUAGCGGGACACCACCAUUUUGGGGUAAGACUAAGUCGAGGAUAUUUGAUGCUGUGAGGGCAGCUGAUUUGCAGUUCCCGUCAGAUCCUUGGGAUCGGAUUUCUGAUUCUGCAAAGAAUUUAGUCAGGGGAAUGCUCAAUACGGAUCCCUCUCAAAGGUUCACCGCACUGCAGGUUUUAGAUCAUUUAUGGAUGAAGUACGAUGAAUCUUGCCAUGAAGAAUCAAGUGAGUUUGUAUACCAAAGUCAUGGAGAGUUGGAGUUUCAUAGUGGCUCAUUUUCGUUGUCCAGGGAUCAGGAUAUCAGCUUUGGUGCUGGAUCGCCAAUCAUUUAUGAUGUUCAAUCACCCUCGUUAACAUGCAGAACCUCAUUUUCUUCUUCCUUGGUGGAGCCAUCUACAACUUGCUUUGCUUUGGGUGGAUUUUCUUUCCACGGUGGUAAUUCUGAAACCUUAGAAUUUUCUUCUGCUGUUCCAUCAAUGCCAAGCUUUGCAUUCUUCAGUCCUAGCUCUGUUGCAGAACAAGAGAACAUUGCCCUGGUUGAGCGAUUUGCUGGAGAUACAGGGUUGGAUAAACUGCUCGUGCUACCGGAUUCUUCACUUUCCUGUGGACCUGAGGCAAGAGAAAAGGAGACCAAGACAGCUGAAUUCGGAAGGACAGGAGGAAUGAACGGUUCCAAGUUAUUGGCCUUCCACAGCAAGAGAAACCGCACCAUCGGUCACGGUGAGCGAGAACAACUUGAUUUUAUCGUGUCUGAAUCAGUUAUCCGAUGGGCAUCAUGCACAAAUCUCCCAACUGCCACAUCCCUUAGGUCAUCUCUCGUGUGUUGAGCUGUGUCAGUAUGAGUCAAGAUAGUCCCAACAGAGGUUAACGUUCGGAUAAACUGCAUUUUCCAUGUAAGCUAAUUCUUGUAUCAUGUGGUGUUUCAAGUCUGUAUUUCCACGUCCCGGUGCGUAGCACCAGCUUUAGUGUCAGUUGGAUUGCUGCUUCUAGCUUUUAUUAACAUGUUAGAUCCAAUAGGUAGGAAGAGAGUAACAAGUUGUGGUUGCUGGGGUUUUGAUUCGUGUAUAAAGUUUUUUCCAUGUUUCAGAUUUUGGCACUGUAUAAGUAAACAGUAACUGUAAUAUUAUGCCAGUUAUGUUUUCUAA